AUGGCGGAUAGAUAUUCUUUCUCCUUGACAACCUUCUCCCCCAGUGGGAAAUUGGUCCAAAUAGAGUAUGCGUUAAAUGCCGUCAACCAAGGUGUUACUGCAUUGGGAAUUAAAGGUACAUAUAUAUCCUCUCUAAAUCUGCGUAUUUGUACUAACUUAUCGGGAGCUACCAAUGGCAUUGUCCUCGCCACGGAAAAGAAAUCCUCAUCCACCCUCAUUGAUCCACCCUCUCUCUCAAAAGUCUCCCUUAUCACUCCAAACAUCGGCAUGGUCUACUCCGGCAUGGGACCUGAUUACCGCGUACUCGUCGACAAAGCCCGCAAAGUAUCUCACACUGGCUACAAGCGCAUCUACAACGAAUACCCACCUACUCGGAUAUUAGUACAAGAUGUUGCGAGGGUGAUGCAAGAAGCUACUCAAUCUGGAGGUGUACGACCAUAUGGUGUUAGUUUGUUGAUUGCAGGUUGGGAUGAUGGAAUUGAGCCAGAGUCAGAAGAUGUUGCUGGUGCGGAGGUACAUCCUGAUGAGAAGAAACCAUCAGGCAAGACCGGUGGUAUUUUGAAGGGAGGACCUAUGUUAUACCAAGUUGAUCCAAGUGGUAGUUACUUUCCAUGGAAGGCAACUGCUAUCGGAAAGAACGCUACUUCUGCAAAGACUUUCUUGGAGAAGAGAUAUACCGAAGGGUUGGAGUUGGAAGAUGCCGUACACAUUGCCCUUUUGACGUUGAAGGAGACUAUUGAGGGGGAGAUGAAUGGCGAUACAGUAGAGAUCGGCAAGUUUAACAACUCAAAUAAGUACAUUACUUUGCUAACAUAUUCCUAG